AUGCCUGGAGACAAAGAUGACGAGAUUUGUCGAAAAGCACUUGAACUCCUAUCAGACCUUUGUUCCAGGGGCGAAGUGCCGAACGAGAGCUGCCUGGAUUUCACCUACUAUUUCCGAGACCUCGCCAGGCCACGUUACUCGGAUUCAGAUGUGUCAGUGAGCCUGCUGUCCCUGGUAGUCACUGCCUGCGGCCUUGCCCUGUUUGGAGUGUCUCUCUUUGUAUCAUGGAAGUUGUGCUGGAUCCCGUGGAGGGAGCGGGGCCUAUCUCCAACCAUCAAAGAUGCCACAGGACACCUCAUCCCCACCCUGAGCCCCCUACCCCCCCAGCCUGCCCCGAGGCAGCCCGUCUACACAGCAGUAGACCCCCCUGCACACAACCGCCCCGCCCCUGAAGCAGCCAUGAAGAUCAGUCACACAUCUCCAGACAUACCGCUGGAUGCUGAGUGCAAGACUAGGGAGAAUGGAGUCCACACCACACCACGAAUACAGCGGCAGACCACGGAGCCAUCAUCAAAUGGACAAGGUUCCAUCCGCCGACACAUGAACCUGUCUAACCCAGACUUCAACGUGGCCCAGUUCCAGAGACAGGACUCUCUCACUGGGAUGGGUCUUGGUUUGGGGCGCCUAAAGCCUGAGCUGUACAAACAGCGCUCCCUGGAGGGUGAUGAGGGUAACCGCAGAGGAGGCAGCUGUGGAUGCCUUCAUUUUAUCCUCAAAUUUGACUGUGACCUGGAACAAUUAAUUGUCAAAAUUCAUAAAGCUGAGGACCUCCCUGCGAAGGACUUCUCUGGUACUUCUGACCCUUACGUAAAAAUCUACCUACUGCCUGACCGGAAGACCAAGCACCAAACUAAAGUCCAUAGAAAAACAUUGAAUCCAGUUUUUGAUGAGGUCUUCCUGUUCCCAGUUGCAUAUUCUGAGCUUCCCACUCGUAAGCUUCACUUUACAGUCUACGACUUUGACCGCUUUUCACGGCAUGAUAUUAUUGGUCAAGUGGUGGUGGACAACUUCCUGGACCUUGCUGAUUUCCCCAGGGAAACCAAACUGUGCCGUGAUAUCCAAUACGUCUCCUCGGAUAAUGUGGAUCUUGGAGACCUGAUGUUCUCUCUUUGCUACCUGCCCACAGCAGGCCGACUCACUAUUACCAUGAUAAAGGCCCGUAAUCUGAAGGCUAUGGACAUCACUGGUGCUUCUGAUCCAUAUGUGAAGGUUUCUCUAAUGUGCGACGGCCGGCGACUAAAGAAGAGGAAGACGUCUACGAAGAGGAACACGCUCAAUCCCGUUUAUAAUGAGGCCAUUGUCUUUGAUGUGCCUCCAGAAAACAUCGAGCAGAUCAGCCUUUUGAUUGCAGUGAUGGACUAUGACCGAGUGGGCCAUAAUGAAGUAAUCGGAGUGUGUCGAGUUGGCAACGAUGCAGACAGCCUCGGUCGAGAUCACUGGAAUGAAAUGCUCACAUAUCCACGCAAACCUGUCGCUCACUGGCAUCCCCUGGUGGAGUACCAGGGAACUACAGGUAGCAGCCAGGGAGGAUCAUGUAAUUCCCUGAAGACUCCUCCGUCCCCGUAG